AUGGAUUAUGACAUACCCAGGGGGAGAUCGCCGUCGCAAGGUCAUUCCAAUCACAUAAGUCCGCAGCCUUCUCCACACCGAUACCACAAUGCGACCUCUAAGCUUGGGCUAGACCCGGCCGUCAACAAUUCAACCUUCACCACUGGAAGAUUCGCACAAGCCGGCACCAACUCCUCACUCCAGUACACUUCACCUUAUCCAGAAUCCUCGGCGCAAUCCCAAACCCUCCCUCAGACCACUGGCGCAGAUAGCACCCUGUACGAGAACAAUCAUCUCAAUCAGGGCGUUUUCCAACACAAUCAGCCGCUCGGACUCCAAGACAGCCAGGCGUUUAGUAAUCCGUUCCUCCUGAACUGCAAAGAAUUCAUGUUUGCAAACGGGGGUAACAACAUGCAGGGAGAUUUUAGCCACACCAAUUUUGCCCUUGACCCCACCUACGAUCCAAACCAACCGAACAUCAAUCCUGCGAACCUCAGCAAGAUGCCCUCAUCACAUGCCUCAACACCCCCGAAUCUGCUAUCGCCAGAGAAUCUUCCUUCGCCCGGUCAGCCGGGAUCACCUGCGUCAACACAGGGCCAGUUCUACACCCCUCAGCAUUCUCGACAUCAAUCAUUAGAUCCUGCAAGUGCAGCGUAUCCUCAUGGCACAGGGCCAGCGGAAUGGCAAGGAAUGUCCUUUCAACAGCACCGCGAGCACAGGAGAGCCCCUUCGGACCAUUCAGAACUGUCUUCCAAUGCCCCGUCGCCAUUUCUGCCUCAGGCGGAAGUUGGGGAGUCGAUUGAGAACAACCACUCUCCCAUGAUGGGUGCACAGCACGAUGCGAUGAACGCCUUCGGAAUUGAGGACUUCAGCAUCAAUGAUCAGCAGCAAGCUCAGGUCAGCCCUGGUCACAGUCCUUACAUGUCACCUCGGCUGGUCCCACAGCACAGUCAUGGUUUGGGCAUGGGAUCAGACUUCGUGCAGCAGCAGGGAAUGCCAAAUCACAUGGUGGGCCCUGGGCCAGAGAUCUACACCACACAGCCAGACGAGUCCUUCGGAGGUAUGUCUCAAAUGCAUGCUCGACACGCCUCUGUCGUGUCAGAUAUGGGCCAAGCAGAUCAAUUUCCGGCACCAACCAUCAAUAUUGAACCGGCAGCUCCUGUUUCGCGCCAGGCAAGUUUUGAGCCGGAAACAAACCAGCUAGGCGACAAUCUCAGUCCACCGACCAGAGCCCGUGGCCGCAGCAAAUCUGAUCCUCACGUGGGAAGAUCGAGUUCGAGGCCCGCAUCAAGAUCUACCUCUCCUGCCGCCCGGCCACACUCGCCCUCACUCAGCACUCUUUCAGACAAUGCUUCUGUGCGUUCACUUUCCCCAGGUUUGGGGCCAGCAUCUCGAGAGUCUUCUCCGGGUCCGGUCUCAGGCCGUAUCGAGAAAAACCGUCGCCAGUCAACGUCUUCCAUACCCACUCGCGAUUACAUCCUUGAUCUGGCUGACCCAAGCCGACCGAAUGCCUCUCCCGCCGCCUCUUCCACUCGCGUCCAAAAACAUCCUGCGACAUUCCAAUGCACUCUUUGCCCCAAACGAUUUACUCGAGCUUACAAUCUCCGAUCGCACCUCCGUACCCACACCGAUGAGCGCCCAUUUGUGUGUACAGUGUGUGGCAAAGCCUUUGCUCGGCAGCACGACAGAAAACGGCACGAGGGAUUGCAUUCUGGCGAGAAGAAAUUUGUCUGCAAAGGUGGUCUAGGUUCUGGAGAGCAUUGGGGCUGUGGCCGUAAAUUCGCUCGAGCGGACGCUCUGGGCCGGCAUUUCCGAUCGGAGGCGGGUAGGAUGUGCAUCAAGCCAUUGCUUGAGGAAGAAGCCGCAGAAAGAGCUCGAAACAGAAUGUUGGAACAGCAAGCACAUUUUGCAGCAGGUUCUCUUCAGCCUGUGCAACAGCCGAUGAUGAUGAACGUGGACGCCUCAGGCGGCGGUGGCUUCGCUUUACCUGCUGCCCUCCUGGCUCAAUAUCCGGCCCUAAGCAACAUCGAUUGGGCCGCCCUUCCACAAGGUGACGAUACCGGCGACCUCAGCGAUGUCGGCAUGGGCAGGAACAGCUUUGAUGCCGGCAGCGGGGGGGAUUUUGGAUACGAUGACAGCGACAUCAAUGAAAGUUAUGUGGCGAACAACGGGUUGGCCUAUCCUGCUGGUAGUAGUGGUGGUGGUGGUGGUCAUGGUGGCUGGUGA